GCACCUAUUAUGAACGAAGAAAACAUAACUAAUGUCAAUACAUCAGAACCAAAAAAUAGGUACACUAAAAAGCAUCUAGGUUUGACUCUUCAAGUCUUAAAAUCAUUACAAAAAAUAACAUCUGACGAAACGAAUGAAGAAUAUUUUAAAAAA